UAUUGAUCACCCGACGCUUCGCAGCCAAUGGCAAUGUGAAAAACUGAUAAAAACACUGGUCUUUGGAAUUUGGCCGGUUUCUCUGCUUGCCUGCACCGUCCAACAACAUUCAUUAUGGAGGAACAGUCGAGAAACGUUUGGAUCAAACAAGAUGAUCCAAAGCUGGUGUCCUCUAGACAUAAGGACAUAUUUGAGGAUAUUCUAGAGGACCGCAGGCACUCGAGUGAUGUCGGAUGGUGCCUGCGUACAAGGGAUGUCCCUACAUACAAAAACAACAAAACCAGAACAAUAGGCCAGAUAAAGGAGCAUGUCUUGGCCAGUGAUCGUGUGAAAUAUGCUGUUGAACAAGUCUGUAUGGAAAGUGGACUGCCAACUGAUGAGGUGUGGGGUCAAACCAAGGAAAUCCUGGAGGAAAUGUCACACAACCUUAAACUUGGUGCUAUCAGGGGAUUUGCUGUGUUCCUUGUUAAAGUUCUGAAGGCACUAUUUAAAAGAAUUUAUGUCAAUGAGGAAGGCAUUCAAAAGGUCCGGGCAAUGAUUAAAGAGUACCCAAUAUUGCUGACUCCCAGUCAUCGUAGCUACUUUGAUUUCCUCCUCAUGUCGUUUGUGUUUUAUCACUAUGAUCUACCAUUGCCUGUCAUUGCUGCAGCCAUGGAUUUCAUGGGAAUGAAAUUCUUCGGAUGGCUGUUGAGGAAUUCAGGUGCCUUUUACAUUCGGCGUAGUUUUGGUGAUGACCAGCUGUACUGGGCUGUUUUCACAGAGUAUGUACAGACACAGAUAUGUAACAGUGAUCACCCGCUGGAAUUCUACGUGGAGGGCACUCGCAGUAGGACAGCUAAAUCAUACUGUCCAAAGUUUGGAAUGCUGUCAGCGUCACUAGAGCCAUAUUUCAAAGCCCACAUUCCUGAUAUCAUGGUCAUUCCUGUCAGCAUUAGCUAUGACAAAAUCCUAGAGGAGAAGCUCUAUGCUUACGAAUUACUUGGAGUCCCGAAACCCAAGGAGUCCACUUCAGCAUUGUUUAAAGCGAGAAACAUAUUGUCAGAAGACUUUGGAAAUGUACACAUACAUUUUGGAGAUCCCCUAUCAAUACGAGAAUACUCAGUCGGCAAAGUAGACCGAAGCAUCCACAACCUGGCACCACGGUAUAUUGCCAGUUUGUCUGCACAAGAGACAGAUCUACUGAAGAGCCUUGCCUAUGAUAUUGUGUUACUUCACCUCAAACACAUGGUUAUCUCCCCUUGGUCUUUGACGGCAGCAGUGAUGGUACAGAACAAGGAGGGCAUAUCAAUGCGACAGCUUGUCCGAGAGGUGGAAUGGCUCAAACGCCAUGCCUUGAAUCUGGGGGCAUACAUAGACUGGCCAGGUAAUGAAUCAUCUGACACUGUGGUGAGAAGUACGCUACAACUCCACAAGAAUAUUGUAGCCAUCAACAAAGAGGAUGUGAUCGAGUUAAUAUCAAUGGAUGUUCCAUCACAUGUAAGUGAGGACCAAUUGAUGCAGUCAGCAGCCCAGCAUCUGAUGCUGUCCAUCUACCGCAAUCAACUGAUGCACAUCUUCGUCCGUGUAGCAAUGGUAUCCCUGACCAUCAAUGCCUGCACCCAGGACACUCUUCCCUUAGAUGACCUUUACAACAAAUAUGUGUUCCUGGAGCACCUUUUAAACAGAGACUUCAUUUUCCAUCCUGAACACACAAAGCUGGACUUUGAGCAUUCCCUCCUUACCCUCACACACAACUGUGGUGUUGUAAUCAAAGACGAUUGCAUCCUGAUCAAAUCCUCCACCAACAAGUACACUACAUUCUUCAGCCAGAUGUUUGAACCCUUCCUCCUUGGAUACUGGAUUAUGUGUCGUUGCCUAUUAUCAUCACACAUUGACGUGCAUGGUAAACCUAAGGCCAAGCCCCCCAAAGUGAUCACUAAGGAGGCCCAGAUGUUGAGCGCAAGGCUUUUGAGGGAAGGGGCUAUUAAACACUUAGAAGUUCUCUCCCUUGACAUCCUGAGCAACGGGCUCCAUGCCCUCCACCACAUGAACGCGGUGUCAAAGGAGAAGAGAGAUGGGCAGGCCUAUAUGUACCCCAACGCCAUUGUUCUCACCAACGUCUGUGAACAACUGGAAAAAUUCCUUGAUGUUCCACAAAUUCCCAUGACAAGCAUUCUGGUGGAAUCUAAAACAGUGGUGAUCAAUGCUAAGUUAUAGAUGUAUGAAGAGCCAGUUCCUCCUCCUAAUAAUGACAGAUGAUUCUUUGUAUGGAUGGCAAGGAAUACAUUAGAAAUGUGAUAGUUUUCUUAGACUCUGGUAUCCAAGGACAAAGGCAGAGUGACAGACAUGCGUUUCAGGAAAGUGUUCUGGGUCAAAGUAAUGCUUAAGAAAAGGGUCAGAGUAAUGCUUCAGAAAAGGGUCAGAGUAAUGCUUCAGAAAGCACUUUUGAUGAUUUUUGGAAGUUAAGGUUAUUUAACUGCAACAAUUUUUUUUUUUUUUUUUUUUUUUUUUUUAAAGUAUACAUGUUCAGGUUGAUUGAAAAAAUCAUAAUAAUAAGUUAACAACAUAUAUCAGCUGACAACUGAUAAUGAUGUAAGAUCUUGUAUUACAUACUCAUCAACUGGUAAUGAUGUAAGGUCUUGUAUAACAUACCCAUCAACUGAUAAUGAUGUAAGAUCUUGUAUUACAUACUCAUCAACUGGUAAUGAUGUAAGGUCUUUUAUAACAUACCCAUCAACUGAUAAUGAUAUAAGAUCUUAUAUUACAUACUAAUCAACGGGUAAUGAUGUAAGGUCUUGUAUAACAUACUCAUCAUUGAUAAUGAUGUAAGAUCUUGUAUUGCAUACUCAUCAACUGGUAAUGAUGUAAGCUCUUUUAUAACAUACCCAUCAACUGAUAAUGAUAUAAGAUCUUGUAUUACAUACUCAUCAACUGGUAAUGAUGUAAGGUCUUUUAUAACAUACUCAUCAUUUGAUAAUGAUAUAAGAUCUUGUAUUACAUACUCAUCAACGGGUAAUGAUGUAAGGUCUUUUAUAACAUACCCAUCAACUGAAAAUGAUGUAAGUUCUUGUAUUACAUACUCAUCAACUGAUAAUGAUGUAAGAUCUUGUAUUACAUACCCAUCAACUGAUAAUGAUGUAAGAUCUUGUAUUACAGACUCAUCUCUUGAUAAUGAUGUUACCAAUUUUUUAAGAAUACUCCUGUUCUGAUCAUGAUUUAACCACAUGUACCAGCUGUCAAAUGGUAAUGAUGUUGCAAUUUGUAUCAUCUGAUAACUUUGUUGCUAAAGGAAAAAGUGGCCAGUGCAAUUUAAAUAUGACUUCCUCCUCAUUAUAUUGCUAUUUUAACAUAUUCAUGAGGGUGUGAAACCCUUCGUGGUAUGAUUAGGAUUUGAAGUACACCUGUUUUUGUCUGUUUCAGGAAGAUAUGUUUGUUUUAGUGCCUAUAUUGAUUGAAUGUGACAGCAAUUUGUAAAAUUGUGUAAAUGAGUCUGUUGAAAUAGUGUGAUCCUGAGUGUGUGUUAUCUUGAUUCAUAUGAUAGCGAGUGUAGUGAUCUUUCUAGGAAUUAAUUAAUUUAUGUUUCUUUGUCAAGUUGGAGCAUUGUCAUGAUCAAAGAUAUAAAUUGCUUUUCUGUCACUACAACGUAUGAGUGUAUAUAACUGGGUAUAUGAUACAAUGUGGUACCAUUGCAAAGUAAUUAUAUUGUAUAUAUUUAUUUACAAACUUUCUAGUGCUUCGAAUCGAUGGGUCAUUAUUUCACUAUUUUGUCCUUUAAGAAUAUCUUACCAGUGAUAGAAUUUUCAUUUUAUCUUGUAUGCAUGAUUUUACACUUACUAAGUAUGAGAUAAAACAUGUUUUUCAUGAUAUUUCGAAAGAAAACUUGGAAUGAAGUAUGAGCUUUGUGUGAAAAUAAGCCACUUGGAAAUAUAUAAAGCACUACAGAGUUUUCAUUAUUAUUUAUAUAGCCAUAGAUUAAAGGAUAUCUGCUAUAUUGAGUAAAUAACAUGCUACAGGAAACAAAUUGGGAAUACCUCAUGAUUAAGAAUUAACAUACAUGUAAAUCAUUAUUUGCCUAAUAAAUGUUUUCAUGUAUUAAAAGCAAUUCUUUUACAAUGUAAUGUUUCGAGAAAUUGACAUUUAUUUCUCCUGACCUUCACUGGUGUGUCUCAAGUUCUAGCUGGGAAAGAUCAGCUUGUCGCCCCCAGGGGAGAGAUAGCCUCAUGCAGAAUAGCAUGUGCUAAAUUGUGACUUAAAAAUGAAGGGCAAUUGUGACAUCAUAAAAUGUGAAUGGCAUUAUUCUUAUGCUACAUGUGCUUUUUCAGAUGUGACUGAAAUAAUAGGUUGGGAGAAAUCUACUUGACAGUAUGAAAGAGAAAUCUCCAACCCUAAGGGUGAUUUUUCUUGAUUUCUAUCUUGAGGCUCUGCCAAGGGUAAGACAAUAAAAUAGUCACUGGAGGUUGAUUAAGAUUCCAUUUAUUGAAACUUUAAAAGAAAUUUAAUGAUACUGGUGUGAAUGCGUAUCAUUCUCAAUAUAACAAGUUUCACUUUGUAGCAUAAUAAUAUUUACAUUCUAAUUAUCACAUCUAUGUAAACACUACAAAGUUAUUAGUCCUAUCUCAAUUGGGAAGAAAUGUUGAUUUGUCCUUAUAAGUAACUUUCACGUAAUAGACAUAACAACUCACAGAGCACCAUAUCUCUUGUGGUUUCUGUAGGAUCAAGAACCUGUAUGAGCCAGACCUUGUAAGAGUUAUGCUUAUUAAAUACAAUUUAUGUUUAUUAAACCUGUGUAAUUCAGAGUUCUGUCUAUUCUGAAUAGGAAAUCCAUGUGGUGUUUGAUUUAGACAGGUUUUACUGUGAUAUCUUUGUUUGUUUUUUAUUUGGGAAAAGAAAAAUCAUUUUUUCCUCAGCUGUUUUUAGAUAUAUAGGUAACAAGUCCCAAGAAAACAGUAUAUUUCAUUCUUUUACAUAAGGUAUGUCUGAGAUGUGAGUUGUGUGCAUACUAUGUAUAUGGUAACAGUUGUUGGUCACCUGUUUAUCCAGGUGUGGUAGAAAUAUUCCAUGAUAAAUCAUUAUAUUGUUGGUCUAUGAUGCAAUAAGUAAUAAUAUAUAUUGCAAUUUAAUAAAAGUUUCCAAAUUAUGACAUGAAUAAAAUGUUUAAAAUGCU